UGUACGGUGGAGCAGGAGUGGUUUGGGUGCCGAUACCUUGCCAACGGGCCGAGUCGUCCAUGGGCAGCCGCCGUCCUCCUCUCUCUGCAGGACCUCUACGUUUAUAUCUCGGAGCACGAGCACUUUACGGACUUCAACGUCAGCUCGGCGCUGUUCUGGCAGAAGCGGGAUCUCGUCUACGGGGACUGGACCAGCGGAGAGAAUGCUGACGGGUGCUAUGAACACUAUGGGGAAGUCGACAUUUCGCAGAGCGUCCAGCAGAAUGGCUCCAUCUACAUCCACGUGUACUUCACCAAGAGCGGCUUCCAUCCCGACCCCAGGCAGAAAAACCUGUACAGGCGCCUCGCCACUGUCCACACGUCACGAAUGAUCAACAAAUACAAGCGCCGGCGGUUCCAGAAAACCAAGAACCUCCUGACGGGUGAGACGGAAGCAGACCCCGAAAUGAUCAAGAGGGCGGAAGACUACGGUCCCGUGGAGGUCAUCUCGCACUGGCACCCCAACUUGACCAUCAACAUGGUGGACGACCACACACCCUGGGUGAAGGGCAGCGUCCCGCCCCCCCUGGACCAGUAUGUGAAGUUUGACGCCAUCAGCGGUGACUACUACCCCAUCCUCUACUUCAACGAUUACUGGAACCUGCAGAAGGAUUAUUUCCCCAUCAAUGAGACUCUGCAGCGCCUGCCCUUCCGCCUCUCCUUCUGCCCGCUCUCCCUCUGGCGUUGGCAGCUCUACGCUGCCCAGAGCACCAAAUCGCCCUGGAAUUUCUUGGGAGAGGAUCUCUACGAGCAGUCGGAUGAGGAGCAGGACUCAGUGAAGGUUGCUCUCCUGGAGACGAACCCCUACCUGCUGGCGCUGACCAUCGUCGUCUCCAUCGUGCACAGCAUCUUUGAGUUCUUGGCUUUCAAAAAUGACAUCCAGUUCUGGAACAGCCGGCAAUCUCUGGAGGGGCUCUCUGUCCGCUCCGUCUUUUUCGGCGUCUUCCAGUCCCUCGUCGUCCUCCUCUACAUCUUGGACAACGAAACCAACUUCGUGGUGCAAGUCAGCGUCUUCAUCGGGCUCCUCAUUGACCUCUGGAAGAUCACAAAGGUCAUGGACGUCCGGCUGGACCGCGAGAACAAGGUGGCCGGAGUUUUUCCCCGCGUAACCUUCAAAGACAAAUCGACCUACAUCGAGUCUUCCACGAAGGUGUACGAUGACAUGGCUUUCCGGUACCUCUCGUGGAUCCUCUUCCCCUUGCUGGGCUGUUACGCCGUGUACAGCCUGCUCUACCUGGAGCACAAGGGCUGGUACUCGUGGGUGCUGAGCAUGCUCUACGGCUUCCUCCUGACCUUCGGCUUCAUCACCAUGACCCCCCAACUCUUCAUCAACUACAAGCUGAAGUCGGUCGCCCACCUGCCCUGGCGGAUGCUGACCUACAAAGCCCUCAACACCUUCAUCGAUGACCUCUUCGCCUUCGUCAUCAAGAUGCCCAUGAUGUACAGGAUAGGCUGCCUGCGGGACGGUAUG